AUGGGUCAAAUCAAGAGGUUUAUCCGCGGUUCAAGUGAUCCACUUAUUCAAGUAGCUAACAGAUUGGCAGAGAGGCAAGCAAUAUCAAGUUCUAAGAAAUCAAAUGUUAACUCUGGUACGCCAAAGACAAAAGAAUGUUACAGAAUGACCAAUGAUAGCUACUGCCUUAUACAUGGAGUUCAAGAAAAUCUGUUUUUUUGUGAGGUUUUUUGCAGAAUGGAACCUUUGUACACUAAACCAUGUGACUCCAGAAUAAUUGGCAUAUUCAAAGGAUUUCGGAAUCACACUAAAAUGUUACAUACUGGCACCACUCAACUGAGACAUAAAGCAAUCAUGAUACCUUUGUCAUUGAUUGAUAAAGAUGAAUACAAUGCGUUAGCGCUUAUACCGCUCAUGCAUUCAGUUUGAUUAGUUAGUCAAGUAAGUCAGUAAGGCAGGGUUUUUGCCUUUUUUAUUGCAUGUUAUCCUGAUUUUGAUCCAAAGACUAUGAAUAAUGUGUGUGUGUGUGUGUGUGUGUGUGUGUGCGCGCACAUGUGCGUGCGUCUUUCAGUAUCGAAUUUGUUUAUUCGGUGAUGGACAGACAUCUGUUGUACCAAUCAGUUGGAUUUUUGAUGACAAUGGAACACUGAAGUGUCGAUGGACAUCAUCACUCUCAAACAUUAAAAACAAUUCUCCACCAAACCCUAACUGGAAGGUUUAUGACAUUGUGAAGAUCGUUGGACCAUCAAUUGGAGACUAUGAUCAAGCAAAUCAAUAGAUCUCAGAUUACACAACGGGGGUCUCAGCAGCAGAGGACUCAAUUACGUAUUCAAUGACAGACCCUGCAGUUGUGGAAUUACCUGAGAAGAGAAAAAGGAAAAAUAAGCUCUGUGAUGAAAGUGACAUCAAUUCAGAGACAUCUUCCUGUGAAGAUGAUAUGAACUUGAAGCAGUCAGGAAAUGAAGUGAAGCAAUCUGGUCUGAAGUCAAGAAAUGUCCCUCUGCCCAAACCUCCUAUAUACCAUGAUACUCUUCAGAGAAGUGGGAAAAAAGAUGAGGAUGAUCCCAAGCCCACAAGCUCUGAUGUCUCAGAAUUUCAUGAUCUUCAACAACAUCACAUGACUUAUAAAGAAAUUACAGUGCAAACCAGGAUACCAGAUGAUGUGCAUUUAAAGAAGUCAAGAAAUGCAAUGAAGCGAGUUGGUCUGAAGACAAAGAAUGUUCAGCUGGCCAAAACUCCCAGAUACCAUGUAGUCAAGAGUCCACUUAUUCAGAAAGCUCUGUGUGUCAAAACAUCUGGUGACUGUCUGGAUGAUAACAAUGAAAGCCCUGAUGACAGUUAUUUAAACUCAAGCCAGCCCAACCCAGUAUUCUUAGAUACUCUUCAGGGAAAUGUGGCAAUGCAUGAGGAUGAUCAUCCCAAAAGCUCUGCUUCUUCAGAUCUGAAUACUAAGAUACUCCAACAAAUUCAAAUGCUGGAACAGAGACAAGCUGUCAUCAUGAAUGACUUGGCAAAAGUUAAGUCUGUUCUCAUGAAGCGGGCAGAAGAAGAUGCCCAUGAGGAACUUUUUAAACAACAACAGUGCUCCAGCUUUGAAACGUUUGAAGCCUUCUGUCAGAGGCUUGAAGAAGACAAAAAUUAUCGAGAGCUUUAUGUACACUAUCUCAUCCAUACUCACGGCAGCUCCAAUAUAGGUGAGAUGGUGAGACAGGCUUUAAAAAGCAUAGCGUCAGACAAUGUUCUCUGUCUGUAUAACAGAACGGGGAAAGAUGGGAAGAAGGUGUUGCCACCUGUGCUCCUGACAUGUUUGAAAAGUAAGUGUUUAAGUUUUGGUUUGUGCAUCUGGAUGCUGCUAUAG